AUUAGCCACCAGACCAGACAUGCCGCACGCGAGACUCCCAGUCGCCUACCCCGCGAGCCGCGCGCGACUUUGUGCGGCAGCGGCGCUCUUCCUCGUCGCGAGUCGCGACUCUCCGAGUCUCCGUGCGGCACUCCCCGUCGUACCCUCCUGAGCGGAGCCUCCUCGACGCGGUGAGCCGGACAGCCGGUGACUCCCAGCGAAAAAGCCCUGUAUGCUGCGGCACAGGCGCACAGCACUGCCCACCAGCCACCGCAGUCGCCAGGCGCUAGCCACGCACGGAUAGCCGGCCAGGCGGGCCAGCAGCCCAGCACCUAGGCGAGCGCAAGCCAAGCCUGCUGCGGGCCUGUGUAUGUGUAUGUGUGCGCUGCUGCCUGAUAACCGAAGUACCGAACCGAUCGGUUUCGGUCAACCGAACGCCCAUAGUGAGCCCUGGUGUCCCUCUCACAUCAGGCGCGGCGGGGCCGGGGGCAGCCGCCGAGGGGCUACGAGCAGAAGCUGCUGGUGCUGACCGGGGCGACGCGCUUAGCCAGCGAAGUGCGGCGGCGGUCGUAAGGGGCAAGCUGCUCCUAAUCUUCGGGGUGAGGUGCGGCAUGGAUUCAGGAAGGUGAGUGCUUCGUCUUCGCAGGGAAUAGCUGCAACGCGCUGUAGGCCAGUGCAGCGACGGCAGACUACGGAUUCCUGUUCGACGAUUUGCAUCUGCGGAGGAGCUUGGGCGAUAGCACUGCUUCCUGUCCGUCAAUUUGUGUCUGCGGAGGAGCUGGAUUCCCAGGUGAAAACAUGGAUUACAACCUUGGUGACACCUCCCCCGAUCCCUACGGUGGCGGUGGUGGAAGCAUCCACCUAGUGUGUGAUCAUUGUGGCACCAGUGACAACUACAACACUGACGACGCUGAUGAUGGCCAAUUCACAUGCCGUACGUGCUCUGCUGUGCACACCACACAGGCAACUGCUGCUGACCCUCAUUACUUCCCUGUCACUGGCAGCAUCUCUGUUCGCCGUGUUGCCACCCAGCCCACCCCCAAGCUUGGUGCCCGCACACCCACCCCCUACCCGAGGACCCCUCAGGCUGCUCCUGUGCCUGCUGCUGCCGCUUUCGACGACUUCAUGGAGCUGAGUGAGCCGCGGGACUUUGCUCCUGGAUCUGGAACGUGGGGGGAGCCUGAGGAUUUGGCAGCGCGGGUCCGCUGGCGCUAUGUACAGGGUCUCCAGGUGAUCCUGCAGCGGCAGCUGGAGGUGCUGGUGGAGCGGCACCAGGUAGGCGCGUUUGUGUGUGCUGUCGCUGGCAUUGUCUGGGUGCGGUGGGUUGCUGCAUCCAGGGUGUUUGACGGAAUCUGGGUGCACCAGGUGCUCGAGGACCACAAGGCCACGGGGAGAGAGAAUUGUUCUAGCAGCAGAGACAACAAGAAACAUGAUGAGGUGAAGUAUGAAUCGGAUGAUGAUAUGUUGCUGCAACGAAAAGACAGGCGCAAGGUGGAGUUUGCCUUUUUGCGCUCGUUGAGGAUGAUGCUGCCGGUUUACUCAACAUUGGCUGUUUGUUUCUUGGCCUGUCAUAUUGCCCGUGAAGCCAUCCUGCCAAGCGACAUUUACAGGUGGGCAAUGGAGGGGAAUAUCCCUUAUGUGGCUGCAUUUACCGAAGUAGACAGGUUCCUUGGGAACUCUUUCCAAGACUGCCCUUUGGAUGCAAGGCAGCUGUUCAGGCCAGUGCGAGUUAUCGGAGCAUGGCAACUGGAAGCUGCAGCUGGAUCCAUAGCACAAAAAGUAGGCUUGAGGCUUCCUUCAGUUAACUUCUAUGCAAUUGCUCACCGUUGUUUGAAGGACUUGUUACUGCCUAUAGAUAGAAUCCUCCCCCACGCAUGCCGAAUUUAUGAGUGGGCAAUGCCUGCAGAAUUAUGGUUGUCUAGUAAUCCUGCUAGAGUCCCUACACGGGUUUGUGUGAUGGCUAUCCUAAUUGUGGCCCUACGACUUCUUUAUAACAUCAACGGUCAAGGGAUAUGGGAGAAGAUUUGUGAGGAAGGAAGAAACACAAGUGAAUCUCACCAUGAUACGAAUUCAUCAACUUCCAGGAAGCUUGAGGCUAGUAACAGUGAGGAGUUUGGCACAAGAGAACUGUUGUGUGCUAUUGCAGCUGCCUAUGAUAAAAUCAAUACAACACAUGACUACUCAAGUGAUCUCCGCUCUUAUCUCAAGUACUGCAAGGAAGUUAUUUUUACUGGGAUUACAUUUUCAGAUGAAGAGAAUCAUCUAAUAGAGAUAUUUUGGGAUAUGUACAAAGCCAGAGAGGAUGAUAAUCCAAAAGAUCAUGUAAAAUCCCAGUCCAAUUCUGUUGAAGACAUUCCAAUUACAAAUGGAGUGAAGAAGCACUACCGAGAUGGAGCUUUUGUUGAAGCAAGUUCCUUUUCUGCAUCUUCAGGUCACGAUGAAAUGCAAAUGCUCAAGUCAGAGAUGCAAGAUCAUGGAUUUCAUUAUAUGCCACCUAGGAAACCAAGGAAAUCAGAUGGUUAUCUUCGUUAUAGGAGGAAGCGGCUAAGCGGUGGCUUUGUUUAUGUUGCACAUGCUGAUUAUUACAUGUUGCUACGUGCUUUUGCAAAGCUUGCAGAAAUUGAUAUUCGUAUCAUGCAUAUUAGUGUGUUAAAACUUGAGAGGAGACUCGCAUGUAUUGAGGAGCAAAUUGAGAGAAGCUUGAACACCUUACAGAACUUUUCUACUGCAACAGGAGAUGAGCUAAGAUCUGUAUCUGACUGAAGCUCCUAGUGUAGUCUCAUACUCUGCUGUACUGCUGUUUUGGCAUCUUGAGAAACAUAAUUGCCCUUGAGCAUUAUGCCUCCCAGUAUUGCUGUUUUUACGUAUACAAGCAUUUAGUUUCAUUCACUUUCUCAA